UCUCGCCGCGAACUGCCGUCAAUUUCUGUCCCACCGUCGGAUGACAAGUUUUUGUGAAAUUUUCGUCCAAUUUCGUUCCGCGCAGUGUUUUUCUGGCCAAAAUUGUGUGAAUUUCGGAGAUUUCGUCGGGUAUUGUUUGUAUUUUUUUCAGCACAAGCAAGGACUAUAAAAAAGAACAGCAAUGGCAAUGCUGGAGGGAACUCUUUCCAAGUGGACAAACGUUAUGAAGGGGUGGCAGUAUCGCUGGUUCGUGCUGGAUGAAUAUGCUGGACUGCUGUCCUACUAUACGUCAAAAGAGAAAAUGAUGAAAGGUGUUCGUCGUGGAUGCGUGCGAUUAAAAGGAGCCGUAAUCGGAAUUGACGACCAGGACGUCAACACAUUCACCAUCACCGUAGAUCACAAAACGUUCCAUUUCCAGGCAAGGGACGCCGAUGAACGUGAAAAAUGGGUUCGCCGGCUGGAGGAUACAAUCCUCCGGCACGCCAACAGAAGCAGGGCCCUCUGGGAGCAACAGUACAGCGUGGGGAGCGGCAGCAAUUCCCACGGCACGCCUGGGUCCAGUACAAAGCGAAACAAUAAUCUGGUUUUAUUUGACAAGAAAGUGACCGAGGCGGACGCAUAUCUACAGCUUAUGAUCGAACAGACAACGAAAAUUGACAACAGGAUACAAUCGCUAGGAGAAUGUGAAGAAGCUGAAAAACUAAAAACGAUUUACGAGCACGCGAACGCUAUGCUCGACAAUAUCAAACAUUCGAUAGUGGUUCUACAGAUUACGAAGAACACAGCGAAUCCAAUCAACGGUAUCUACCAAGGCCCGAUCGUAAGCAAAUCGGAAACGGAAACCGAAACCAGUGACACCGACUUGGUGUCCGUCUCGACGCCCGGCUUGGUGCAGACUGGCAUAGAAGUCGGCUCCGAAUGCAGAGAAAACCGGCGACGCAGCAAUAUCACACAUUCUUCAAUUGCUGUUCCGGAAACUUCUUACUCCAGCUCGGAGGGAGAGGACGAUUUCUUCGACGCAAACGAUGAUCCAUUCACCUCUAGUCAGCUGAACAGUCCGACAAGCAAUACCAGAACACUAUCCGAUCCAAUAACGCGCUUGUCCGCCGAAGAACGCUUUGUUACCGCCGAAGACACAACAAGCAAUAGCGUAUCGCUCAAAAAGCAAGACAGUCUCGAGACCUCCAUCGCUUCUGCCAUCCCGAAUGACCUGAGUCAUGGAGCGCAUGCCAGUUCGCGGAAAUCCUACGACUCCAAAUCGCUGCCAAUACGAAACGAUGGAAGUCUGGACUACGAUGCCUUAUACGAAGACGAAUCGGACAACGAUCUGUCGAUGGAAUCGCACGGUUCCGUGGUCACACAUCUGCUCUCGCAGGUGAAGAUCGGCAUGGAUCUGACGAAGGUGGUACUGCCAACAUUUAUCCUCGAGCGGCGGUCGCUGCUGGAAAUGUACGCGGAUUAUUUUGCUCAUCCCGACCUUUUCCUGCGGAUAGCCGACCUCGAUGAUUCUCGCGAAAGAAUGAUUCAGGUUGUCCGUUGGUACCUCAGCGCUUACCACGCUGGCCGGAAGAGUUCCGUUGCCAAAAAACCGUACAACCCGAUCCUCGGCGAAAUUUUCCAGUGUCACUGGGACACGCCUGAAAUGCCAACCGGUGAUGACAGUUCUAACAUAGAAGUUAAAGACGGUCCAGUGCCGUGGUGCCGGAAAGACCAAUUAACAUUCAUAGCCGAGCAGGUUUCGCACCAUCCUCCAAUUUCAGCGUUUUAUGCUGAACACUACAACAGAAAAAUUAGCUUUUCGGCACACGUGUGGACGAAAUCGAAAUUCCUUGGACUAUCGAUUGGGGUGCACAACAUAGGUCAAGGGACCGUGACGCUAUGUGACCUGAAUGAGGAGUACAUCGUAACCUUUCCAAACGGUUAUGGCAGGUCUAUUUUGACGGUGCCAUGGAUAGAGCUCGGCGGUACGGUAACCAUCACGUGUCCACAGACGGGUUAUCAUGCCGAUAUCGAUUUCCUAACGAAGCCUUUCUACGGAGGGAAACGGAACCGGAUUCAGGGUGAGAUUUAUGGCGCUAAUGAAAAGAAGUCUUUCCUCUCGAUUACCGGUGAAUGGAGCGGCCUAAUGGAGUACAAAUUCAACGACGGUAGCAAACCUUCCAAGCCCGAAACAUUUGUCGACGUGAAUAGUAUACCAAUUUUCAAAAAGAAGGUGCGUCCCGUAGCCGAUCAAGCGACAAAUGAGUCGCGAAACGUAUGGAAAGAGGUCACUGCCGGAUUGAAAAUGAACGAUAUCGAUAAAGCAACGAAUGCGAAAUUUCAGGUAGAACAAAAGCAGCGCGUUGAAGCACGUGAACGAAAGGAGAACAGCGGUGAAUGGGAAAAUAGGUAUUUCAAAUCGGUUGGCGAAUCGUGGAUCUACAACAACCCGCUGCUGCAUAGACUUACACUAGAGGGACGAGAUAGCAAAAGAUAGCAAUCUAACGACGAAAGCUGUACUAGUUCUAGCAGAAGUAGGCAAUAAAGGUAACAUUAGCAGCGCUACAACAGUUGUUAUAAGAAUAUGACGGGUUACGUGAAUCAGUAUAAAUCUUUUUCCUAUUUUCAAUUCGAGGCAUGAUGAUGACGGAACAACUUAUUACGAUAAAAUUGUUGAAAUGAGGGUGCACCGUCAUCUAGCCAACACUCUAACUGAUCUCCAAGAUUUAAUAUUUAUGGCACCCACAUUCUCAAAUUUCUUUUGAUGACAUUUUUCUAGAUAGAAUACGCUGUUGAAAGCUCCUUUUUUUUAACUAUUUCGAAAUUCAAUCUCCGGAAACAGUAGCCUUGGUUAAUUCCAUGGUUUUCGUUGCGUCAAUCAUGCCAUUUUAUGUCGAUUGUGUUGCAUUUCGCUGUACAACACUUCGCUCACAAUGGAGUAGAUAUAUUGUUAAAGUGUCAAUAAUAUUACAGGUUUUAACAACUUAAUACAAAUUUUUGAACAAAUUCGUGAAAAACGUGGAAACAUCCAAACUCAACUUAUAGAAUACUUGCAAGUGACUAUUAUGCGAAACAUGUCCCUGGUCUUACUACUUUUUAGUUAAUAAUUCGUUUAUCAGCGGAAAACUCAAUUAAAUUACGAGUGCACCGGUGAUGUACGUAAAGUCUGAAAUAAAUAUGAGGCAGAACUAUGUUUAUAAAUUUAUUUUGAAUAAAUUUCGAUUAAACAGGAUGAAAGAAGUUAUCACAUUGAUUUUACAUAAUAUUCUAAUUAGCGAUCUUGUAAUCGCAUCUGGAUAUACUUCAUAAAUAAAAAGAUAAACGUAUAGUUGAUUGAAUUUUGUGAUGAAAAGUGUCCUGAAAAGAAAUUUGAGUUUGCUCGAAACAGUAAACGAAACUCACAAUCGCACCUUAGUUCAGUACUAGUGAAAAGUGUUUACAGCUAUAAGCUGUUCUACUGUCCAGUAAAAUAUCUUAGAAUACACCGUCUACGUAUUCGCAAACUACAAUCUUCAAAACCAGUUCCUUUUUGUUGUAUAAUGACUACUCGACGUUUGAUUAGGGUGAACGAAAUCCAAAAAUACCGGACGAUAUUUUAAAUGCAACCUCACAAUUUAUUUCAAAAAUAUCUGUAGAUCUCUUAGGACAUCCAUUUGCAGUGAUUCGUCAAAGCAUUUAUAGCCUCAACUUUCAAGACCAUAACUCUUCCACUAGUUCUGUAAUAUAGACACAUACACAACCAACGGUUUGUCCAUAUUUUUAUUGAUGACGAAGGUGAUCAUUGUGAUAUGCACAAAGUUUAAAAGGAAAACACUGUUUUGUAAUACAGCAAUAUCGUUACAUAGCUACUACACUUUGAAUAUACAAACUGAAAAUUAAAAAGAAAUGAACGCUUAUAACUCACACAGUAACUCCUUUUUACCUAAAACAAAAACACCUGAUUCCGUAUCAAUAAAAAUGCGCUUAAAUGAGCAUUCUAACAAGCGAAAAUGUUAACACGAAAUUUGAGAUAACGAAAAACAACUGGAGAGUCAUUAUUAUCAGUAUCUAAUUGGUAAGCCUAAAAUUGUGGAAAAACGCUAUAUUCACAAGAUAAAUGCACCUUUAAUGUAUUAACAAACGAAAGCAGAUUUACACUAAUAAAAAAUAUACAACAAAAAUCACAAACCAGAAAGCAGUUCAAACACAUUGCACCAAACGAAAAAGAUAACCCUAUGAGAUAGGAAUUCAACGACAACACAUUUCCUUGUUGAACAGUUGCAAAAUUGAGUAUCGUAAGAGGAUAACGUCGAGAUACCUACACACAUAUAAUAUUGGACUAAACGGAUUAUUUCAAACUAAUGAUUAGAAUACAGUACAUAUUAUCGAUAAUGAAGAAAAACAGCAAAAAAUCCUUAGCAAUUUAUUUUAGGGCAUUACCCUACUCAAGAGAAAAACUAAAUGAAACAUGAAAAGAAUGCAAUAAAAGUUUCGAGUAUCUA